AUGAAGUUCCUACCAACCAUUGUAGCUGUCUUUCUCUUGACUGCCCAGAGCCAAGUCAAGCCAUCCCAAGCAUACCUGAGGGUCAGGCUGGCAGAGGCUUCCUCCGAAGCACCCUCUCAAGCGCCAUCUAGCAUGCCCAGUUCGGCUCCAAGCAAUCAGCCCAGCCAAGCCCCCAGUGCAUCUCCAAGCAAUGCACCCAGCAAUUCACCCAGCAAUGCUCCAAGUCAAGCUCCAACUGCAACCAAGGAGGAAGAACUCCCUUGGUGUGAUGAACUUGAUAUAGAAGAGUCGGAUAUGCCCAGCACAGUCCCUUCUCAAAGUCCAUCAGUGGCUCCUUCUCAAAGUCCCUCGAUGACUCCUAGUGCUGUUCCUUCCCAGACUCCAUCGGUUGCACCAAGCACCAUCCCUUCAUGGAGUCCAUCGUCAAGUCCAUCAGCCAGUCCUUUCUGGUCUUGGAGCCCUUCAGCCACUCCAUCAGCCAGCCCAUCCUCGGUGCCCUCUCAGGCGCCAUCUCAAAGCCCUACUAACGAUGUGGAUGCCUGCAUCUGUUCCACCAGCGCUCCUAGUCUUGCUCCGAGCAAUGCCCCGUCAUCUGAACCAAGCCAAGCACCAUCAUUGGUUCCAAGCAUGGCACCUAGUGCAACUCCAAGCGCAUCCCCGUCAGCUGCAAUUUCCAGCAUGGCUUCGGCAACUCCCUCUGCUUUGCCCUCUGCCAUGCCUUCGCAAGCACCUUCUUCCAUGCCUUCCCUGGCACCAUCUGACUGUAUCUGCCACUGUUUCUGCGCUGAAAGAGAACUUAGUUAUGCACCAAGCCAAGCUCCAUCUUCGGAACCCAGUCAAGCACCAUCGUCAAUUCCAAGCAUUGCCCCAAGUACAGUUCCCAGUGCUUCCCCAUCAGCAGCCCCUUCUGUUGCUCCUUCACAAGCCCCUUCUGUUGCUCCCUCUGCAUCACCCUCUUCAAUGCCUUCCACAGCACCUUCUGCCAGUGACAUGUGCAUUUGUCCAGAGCCAGAGAAGCCAGUGCGCAAGUGCCGAAUACGCCAGAAAAAAUCCUAUCUUCGCCCAACCCAACCCCCUACUAGGAAUCCAACAGCCAAGCCUACGACCAAGCCUAUGACCAAGCCUACGACCAAGCCUAUGACCAAGCCUACGACCAAGCCUACGACCAAGCCUACAACCAAGCCUACGACCAAGCCCACGACCAAACCGACAAAACCCCAAAACAGCAACAAUAAUCCUCGACCUCGACCUCAGUCGAACCCCCAUCCUCACCCGCAGUCCAAUCCACACCCUCACCCACAGUCCAAUCCCCAUCCUCAGCAAACAAACUCCCACACACACCCAAAUGUGCAUCACAACACCCAUACAAAUCCUCAACAAACAACAAAACCAACCAGCCCACCCAAUGCACGCAAUCCUCGCCCCCAAGGUCCGCAUUCCAAGAAGCCAACCAUAAGACCAACAAAUCCUCCUUCUAAAACCCCACCAACAUCAGUUGGCAUCACUGACAAACCAUCAAGGGCACCAGUUGAAAUAUCAGUCCACACUACCACAACAAACCCCCCACAUCAAGUUGCCCAUACCGCAUCGCCUACUCCGAGGAACACUGCCAAUGCAGUGCCCACUGCCAGUCCUACAACAACACCAACCACCAACAAACAGACCUUGCCCCCCACAGUUGCAAAUAAUACAAUCACAAAGACAACGACGCAGGCCCCCUCUAAUUCAAGCCCAACUAGUUUGCGAGGUUCAUCAGAAACACCAACAUUGAGCCCUUCAGAAGUACCAACAGCCACAACUUCUUCCCAAGGGCCAGCUUUGGAGACACCAACACAGUCAACAAUUCCCCCUAUUUCAACACCAACAGCUGCGCCAAACCAACACACUGUGAAGUCUCCAAUUCCCACUGUGUCUCCUACUCAAGCAACUUCAAGUAGUUCACCUACACAAUCCUCAUCCACUGCCUCUCCCACUUUGGUUCUCACAAGCUUUCCAACUACGCAAACCCCUGCAUCUGGUUUGCCAACAGUAGCUUCAAAUAGUUCCCUGCUGAGAGCACCCACUGUACACCCCACUGGAUCUCCCACUGGUACUUCCACUCAAAGUCUCACCGAGACUCCCACUAAAGUUGCUAUGGGGACUCCGACAGGACUUCCUAAUACUGGCACUCACACUGAAAGUCCGACAGGCACUCCCAGUGGAAUCCCCACUACUUCUCCCACUUCCAGCCCCACUGAAAGACAAACUGUCAGCCCAACAACAUUGAACCCCACAACAUUGACUCCAACAGUGGCAAGUCGGCACCCUAGUGCUGCUCCAACAACAGGAACCCCAAUUGCAUCCUCCUUGUCAGAUUCUCCUACUGGCACUCCAACCACUGUUCCUCCCAGUACAGGCUUGGAUACUGUAGCACCCACUGGUGUACCAACCAGUCUGUUAAUAGUUGCUCCCAACGCAACUCGAACAGGAACAAGUAGACCUUCUGAUAGCCCCACAAGCCCACCAAAAGGUAGCCCCACUGGGCAAGCAAAAUCCAGUAUACCAACAGGCACACCAACCGGCACUCCAACCAGAACACCAACGGGGCACCCCACAAAGACAACAACUCAAAAACCUAUUGCAAGCCCCAUAACUGAAGGGCCCACAAGACAACCAAGCAAAACUCCAACCAGAAGCCCAAUAGAAAAACCAACAGGUCACCCCACGUUGGGUCCAACUGACUCAGUCACAACCACCAUACUUGUGCCAAACACAAACAUUUCCAAAAAAACUGAAGCCCCAACAGCUUCUUCUACCAAGCCUCCUGUUACCAUUAUCACUCCUCUACCACAGACACCAGUUCCUACAGUCCUUCAAACUCCGCUACAGACUUCUUUCACAACUUUCGUGGGAUCUAAUCCCAAGCAAACUGAAGCCCCAACAGCUGCUCCUACCAAGCCUCCCGUAACCGUUAUCACUCCUCUACCACAGACACCAGUUCCUACAGUCCUUCAAACUCCGCUACAGACUUCUUUCACAACUUUCGUGGAUCUAAUCCCAAGCAAACUGAAGCCCCAACAGCUGCUCCUACCAAGCCACCCGUAA